AUGAAGCCUAGAAUGCGUGUCGAGUUUCUUAUCGUCUUUGCUGUUUGCAGAUAUUUCCCGAUUUCUAUGUCCAUAGAACUUGACUGUCACAGAGAACAGAAAUUUGUCAAAGCUGAGCAAGGUAUGUUGUGUUUUGUAUCAAAUAUCUGAUAUUUAUGUAGCGAGCACUUGCAUAAAUGUUGAUAAAUAUAACUGAAAUAAAUUAAAUAUACAGUAAAAAAAUUGUUUCAAAUUCACCUCCUAUUCUAGAAAACUAAAUCUUUUUCUAAGAAAUACAUGUAUAGUGUAAAUUUUUUAAAAUUAAUAUAUUGGAUUAAGAAAACGUUGAUUCAUGCGCUUAUUGUUUUCUAUUAAAAUUUAGGUGAUGAUAGUUGAUGAUAUAUAAACUUAGAUGGGCCUUAGAUUUAGUGUGGCACCAUGCAUCAAGAAUUAAUAACGUCAUUAUUGUAGCUGAUUAAAUUUAUAGCUUUAUAUUUCACAGUCCCAUCCUGUAUAUUAUAUAUACUAUGACGCAAUUACUGAAGUUAUGAAAAUGCCGUAAAAACUUAUACAUUUUUCUGUAAACCGUAAUUAUAUGGAAAAAUAUUUUCACCGAUUGUUUCAUACAUAUACCAUUACCAUCCUCAAUGCAUGUCUGUCUUUCCUAACGUUUUAAUUUUAUCGCUAACUAUUUUUCCGCUUGAUUGAUAUUGGAUUAAAAUUAUGAGCGAUAAGAAAUUUUUUUUCAAAAUACAGCAAUUCAACGACAAAAAAGAAAAAGAAGCAAGAUGAAAACGUCAUAGUUUAUGGUAACAGGGCUAUAUAAUGUGGAAAAAUAAACUACCCGACUUAGUUUUUGAAUUGCAAAAAACUCCCAGUGACCGCGAAAGUGUGUGGGACAUUUGAGUGAACGAAGCUAUAUUGUGGUCAGAAUAUUUUAUAUAUAAAAAAUAGUAUAUAUAUAUAUAUAUAUAUAUAUAUAUAUAUAUAUAUAUAUAUAUAUAUAUAUAUAUAUAUAUAUAUAUAUAUAUAUAUAUAUAUAUAUAUAUAUAUAUAUAUAUAUAUAUAUAUAUAUAUGAGCACAUUUACUCAACUUUUUGAGUGAAGAAGAUUCACUAAUCCAAAAAUGAGUCCUCAUAAAUGUGAUUUUCCAAGUUUCCAAUUUUGGAAAAAAUUACCGAUUGUUAAAUGGUAGAUAUAUGCAAGCCAGCAUGAACAAGUAUACAUGUAUGUUUAUCAGUGUAGUGAUGUUUGGGCACAUGUUGUGUGCAUGUGAUGCUACACGUGACUGUGUGCAUGUGAUGCUACACGUGACUAUAAUGUUAAGAAACAUUACAUUCUUCAGCUUCCCUUCAGAGUGGUCAGAAUUACUAUAAAAUAUGAGUUAUAACAUCUUGUAUUUUAGAACUAAAUUAUUGAGUUAAUAUUUAACGUAAAACGUUACUAUAUAUCAAUAACAAUGUCAUAAACAAAAGGUGCCGCGUAAACUUAAUUUCAAAUCACAACCUGUUAAAACCUAAACCACCGUUGUGUAAAUUGAAAUGGCAACAUCGAUGCUGAUUGGUCAGGUUAAUAUCACCUUGGCAAUGGAAUAACAAACGCGCAUCCGGAAUAAAAAACAUGUUUUUCGGCACGUUUUGGCUAUUUUUCAUCCCCCACCCCGUCGCCACUUUAAAUGGGCAGGACCAGGGACCCUAUUUCAGUUAAAGCCGGGGGCGCUAUAGCACAAAGUUUCGCUACUGCUUUGUAAUUAGCCUGCGAGCAGGCUACUUUGUAAUCAGAAAUUAAUGGAUUAUAACCUGAGAUUGCGGCAACGUAACUGUAAUUCUCAUUAGAAAUACUAAACUCCAUUGCCUUAGUUCCACAGCACGAUUGUGCGUUUCGUACAUGUCUAUUUUUGAGAAUUAAAAAAAAAAUAGUACAGCAGAUUUAAAUACAAAAACAACCAUUGUCAUUUAUUGACUUUAGCUAUUCAUUGCAGGAAUUUUUUUUAAUACAUUUAACCUUUGCACGAAUUUUUUUCUAGACUAUUAGUACUUCUCUGUUUGCUUGCACGAAAUUUUUUUCUCUGACGUUAUGGCUGCACGAAUUUAUUUUUUUUCCAGGCAUUUUUCUUUGCACGAAUUUUUUUGGGGGAAUUUUCACCCGCCCCCCCGCCCCUACCGAGAUUUCUAAUGGUUCGCCCCAUAGUCUCCUUCGCAGACAUUGUUAUUGCUCCGACUCUCGCUAACGAACGUCUGAACUGAGCUGCACAUUCCUUUGUUUCAGGCGCCAAUCAUAUUUCAAUGAUUCAUAUAGAGCAAAAGCCAAUCAGAAGUCUUUUAUCAGUUUGUGCAUUUUUGUAGAUUAAUAUACAAUAACUUAGUUAAGUUGGGACAGCCAAAACAGUUCCGAACAGUCAUGUGAUCGUGCUCUGUUCCAUUCCAUCCGUGUUCCAAGAGUACUCCGAAAAGUAAAUGGAGAAGCUUCUUUCUCACUUCCAGAAAUUAAGAAGUUUUGUUGUGAUUAGUUGACUUGCAGGAAUGGAAUGUGCAGCUUAGUUCAGCAGACGUUCAUAAGCGAGGGUUGGAGCAAUAAGAACGUCUGCAAAGGAGGCAACGUUUGUCUUCUUUUUUCUUCCGAAUUUAAUUUAGUGUAUGAGUAUAAUACCAUGCGUUCUCUGGAAGAAAUAAAUCUUAAAAUUCCCUGAAUAUUUUUAAUUUUAUUUUCAAUUUUAGAUUUAUCAAACAAGCCUAACUAGCUUCGAUUUGGUUGCUUUUUGCAAAUUUCAAAAGGCUAUAUUUUAGCUGUAUGGAUUGUUUUCAAUUUAAAACUCUUACACUUACAUUCAAUAGCAGUCAAAAAAGUUUUAUUAGCCUGGUAAUUCAUAAAAUAAUGCAAAAUUGUGGCAGCCAGUUUUCGAAUCGUUAAGACUCACGCCAAAAUACUUAUUGUUUUUUUUUUAAACACAAGGUAACGUCAGCCAAAACAAGCAGAACAUGCAUGUUAGCAACGCGUGUAACUACAUUCUUGUUUUUUUCUUCUUCUGCAGAUGGUCUACCGGCUGUAAAUGCAAUUCAAGUGAUGACGACAUCAAAUGUAGAAUUUUGCACUAUAAAAUGCUUGGACAAUUCUGGCUGUAAAUCUAUCGUUUAUUUAUUGUCAAACUCAGACGAUAACUGCCUGUUAAGCGAUGAGAUCAACGGAGCACAGUCAAGCAACGCAUCAGUUACGUAUAUCAAGACGUCUCAAGUGACAUCGGUAAGAUGAGAUUUAACUACAGUAAAGCCCAGCAUAAAAGAACCAGUGAAUUUGGACUUCAGGCUGAAACGGUUCUUAACUGGUUCUUAUUUCCAGUAAAAACAAUUGUUCCUGGUUUAGAGAUUUCAACCUUUUAUUGUAUACAAUUGAACUAGUUUUGAUAAAAUAAAUGCACAAUGUUUCAUGCUAGCAACAAUAAUUCAUGCUAGCAAGAUUACAGUAUUUUGUUUUCUUCCUAGUACUUGCUAACUUAUUCAGCUAAAAGUUUAAUAAGGUUUUUGAGUACCAGUUAACUGAGGUGGUCCUUCUGAGGUGGUUCUUCCGAAAUUUCAGGCUGGGCAUGGCUCUUAACCCACUGGUUAUUUUCCCACUGGUUUUUUUAUGCGGGGCUUUACUAUAUACCUGGCAAAGACUGCAAUAUCCAGCUGGAUGCAAUAAAUCAAUUUUUUACCUGUACCUCACUGGUACUUUAAUCGGUCAUUACUGCCGUGUGCUUGAGGUAUUCACUGAGGAACCUAUUUUCAUCAGUCCAGUUUCAUGCAAAGACAUAAUGGAAAUGUUGGAUUUAGGGGCGGACCAUUAUAAAGUGAUGGCGGAGAGGGGGAGGGGAAGAUUUUCAACUUGCAAUUUUUUUCUUGGAUUUUUUCUUUGUGGGAAUCCACCCCCCCCCCCCUGCCGCUUCCUACGGUUUUGAAUACUUUGCAAAGUUUGUUGGCCGGCAAUGCCAUACCAACAAAAAAUCCCAGAAGUACCAGACCCUGAACUAUAUCUGAAGGUGAACUUGCCCAAACACAUAUUCUGUUUUUUUACCACAUGAGAUCAAAUGUGAACGGCGAUAAUGGUUAUUUAUUGUUAAUGUUGCAAGAUAUAGUGUGCACAAACCUUCAUUGACAAGCAUUUCAAAAUUUUGGUAUGUCAAAUAAGUUGAACAACUUGUUUAAAAGCCAAAAUGUAUAUGUAUAAUGUAAUCGUUUACAAGACUUAUAGGAGAAAAAUUGAUCUAUUUUAGACAGGGACUCGCCAUGGACCCGUCUUGAUAUUGCGGAGUGUUACUUUCGAAAAACAGAUUUGAAAAAUACGCCGUUAAAGAAAAUAUUUAAGCAUUAUUGGUGUAUGAUGUUGGGCAAGCAUUGUUGGUUCUGCAUGAACGUAAUGGACCAUUUGCAUUUAUAGACUACAGUUUGAUCUCAACAAGUCUAGAUAAAUAUUUCAUCACAGCUUUAAAGAGCAUCACAAAGUUAGUAAUAUUCCAAAGUUUCGUUGCGAAAUGUUGUAAAAUGCGGGUAAUAUAGCCAUAGGCGUACCGGGCGGGGGCGUUUGGGCAGUCGGGCAAUAUUCGAUCAACAGUCGAAUGAGUUAAGUCAAUUUUUUCGAAAAUGUGACUUUUCGAAAAUUUGUGUUAUGUUCCGAAAAAUAUUGGUUGUCCGGAAAAGUUUUGACCCCUAAAAUGGUACACUGACCGAAAUUUUUUUGGCGACGGGGGGGAGGGGGGGAGGUCGCCAAAAUAAUUUUUCCGGAAAAAAUUUUUUGGUACUAGUCGGGCAAAAUCCCGAAAAGUCGGGCAAUUUUCUUUCCGCCCCCCUAAAUUUUUCCUUCCGGUACGCCCAUGAAUAUAGCCUUGCAAAGUUUGCCAUUUUACAGUCAUUUUCUAUUACCAACGGGAAAUUGACAAACCCAAGGGUAUUGGGCUGUCAAUUUCCCCCGCGAAAUGCAAAAUGACUGAAAAAAACGGCAAACUUGGAAAGGCUAUAUACAUAUAUUAUCCGCAUUUUACAACAUUUCGCAACGAAACUUUGGAAUAUUACUAAUUUUGUGAUGCUCUUUCAAGCUGUGAUGAAAUUUUUAUCUAGACUUGUUGAGAUCAAAAUUUAGUCUAUAAUGCAAAUGAUCCAUUGGGACCUUAUAAUUUUAAUUAUUUUAAUUCAGGUCUGUCAAACCAAUAUUUGCGAGCAUGGUUCAACUUGCACUGAUGUAUGUACUCCGCCAUAUUAUCACUGCACUUGUCUACCUUUGUAUUUUGAAGGAGAGCGUUGUGAACAAAAUUCAAGUAAGUAUACUUCAACACUAGAUUGGUAGAAUGAGCCAGACUCUCCGCUUCCGCUCCCCGGCCCUCUCAAACACGGGAAGCGGAAAUACAGGGUGUAUAAAAAAAAACUGAACAGAUUUGAAAUUGCUCUCAAUUUCGCAAAACACCUAUUUGUAUCCGGUUUUUUAUAUAUAUAUAGCUUCUUUGGGUACUUAUAAUGUAGAGUAAUGAAAAGAAUUUCUCAAACUCAAAUUGUGUGAACCAGGGGGGGGUGUCUUUUCCAACAAACUAAAAAUGACUUGCGCACAAAAUUUAAAAGCUGUAAUCAUAUCUUGAGUUAAUACAUGGAAAAUUUGUUGGGUUUUUAAUUACUGUACAAAAUUUCAGAAAUUUUGUACAGCAAUUAUAAACCCGACAAAUUUUCCAUCUAUUAACUCAAAAUAUGAUUACAACUUUUAAAUUUUGUGCGCGAGCCAUUUUUAGUUUGUUGGAAAAGACACCCCCCCCCCAAGUUCACAAAAUUUGAGUUCGAGAAAUUCUUUUCAUUAUUCUACAUUAUAAGUACCCAAAGAAGCUAUAUAUAUAUAAAAAAAACGGAUACAAAUAGGUGUUUUGCGAAAUUGAGAGCAAUUUCAAAUCUUUUCAGUUUUUUUUUAUACACCCUGUAGAGAGCCUGGUUUGCGAGAUUUCGUAUACAUACUGCAAUGCCGUUGCAAGCAUGGUACCAGUUUCUGGCAAUCUCAGGAGAAAUAGAUCAGCAUCUGUCGUAACCUGCACGAGUUUCCUAUGACGUCAAAAAUUAGAAAAAGAAAUUCAAAGUUGUGGUCAUAUGAUGCGAAGCAUUGCAACGCAAUUUGUGACAUUAUAUUACGAAAGUCACCGAACUGUGGAAUCGCAUCAAAAAUUCGUAUAUCGACCACUCCCACAAACGUCUACGACCACGCCUACAUUCGACUACAUAGUUUUGCAUGUUUACAAUUCUAAUUUUGAACAGCCAAUCAGGUUCUUGGUAAUUGGCUGUUUAAAAUUAGAAUUGUAAACGUGCAAAACUAUGUAGGCGCGGUCGUAGACGUUUGUGGGAGUGGUCGAUAUACGAAUUUUUUAUGCGAUUCCACAGUUCGGUGACUUUCGUAAUAUGUAAAGUAGUCGCAGAAAAAUUGCAGACAUAGCCCAUAGUUUAACCAAUGUCGUCAUUUUUAUCCAUUUAUUUCGUUUCCAUCCCUUGAAAAUAUAUAUUAUGUCGGCAAAGUAGAAUAAAAGCAAUGUUACAUUUCGCUGUGACAAAUAGUGUUUAUAUUUAAAAUACUUAUUAAAAAUUCAUAAACCUUGUGGCAAAUCAUGUCAGCCAUAAUAUGUCACGUGGACUGACUUUAUAUCUGAUAAAAUUCAUCUUGUUAGUAUUCUUUAUAUGAUUCUUCAUCUUAAUUAGUAUGAUUAUAUAAUUGUUCAUCCUAAUUAGUAUUCUUUUGUAGUCGUAUUUUAAGCUAUUCAAAACACUCGAACUCGCGUUUUAUCAUAUCUAAAACGCCCGGCUGCGCCUCGCGUUUUUAAAUAUGAUAAAAUUACACUUCUUCCCGUGUUUUAAAUAGUACUUAAAAAGGACGUUUACACUAUGCAAAUAUUGCUUGUUGUAACACGACUUGAUCAUCCAGGGCACGAAAGGAUUCAAAUGCAUUAUAUUAGCAUUCGGGACAAAUUUAAACCCUUAUUACAACCACAGAGAAGGGAUAUACAGAAAGGAAACAGACACCUCGAUAACCUGAAUUUUUGUGUCACGCGUUCCACGCAGGUUCCACGCGCCACGCAAAAUCUUCCAGCCAGACCGUCGCUGAAAUUUCAUAGCUAAAGAUAGGGAAAACGCCGUUCAAAAGGUGAAAAUCGAUUUUUUUUUAAAAAAUGAGAUACUCAUGGACGUUUUGUUCAAUAAAUUAUUGUAGAAUAACGGUAAGCGAUCACUUUUAUUUAUUUCUUUUUAUUAAAAGUGUCAACAUAACAUUUUAUUUUGCAAAAGUUUGUUUAUUCCCCUACCUACUCCUUAUUACAAUCGUGAAAAGCACUGGCUGGAGUUUCAGAUACUCAUAUAUAAAAAACAAAGCACCAAAUGAUAUAAAUUCCUCAAAAUAUAACUCUUGCAUAAAAACAAAACAAAACAUGAGUACUUCUAUAAUAUGUAUAGUUUUUUCCUCUGCAUGGUCAAAAUUUAAUAAAAUAGUGAAUUAAUAUAAUUUUCUAUAGUUAAUAGACUGAUUAUAUCGGCGUGACACAAUUUGCCGCUUGUUUCCACUCUAUACUAUGUCUUCUCUGUGUUACAACUGACCAAGUUUGUAACAACACUGUUGACAACUUGUUCUUUGGGUGCAGCACGACCUUGUUCAAGCCUGUCAACCGAGAACAGGUUGUUCGGACUCACGCAUGUAGUGAGAUUUUAGUGUUGUCACUUCAACUAACUUUACAAUUUUCUAGAAUGUGAGAAAAUGUCGCCCUGCCAAAACUCGGGCACGUGUUCUCCAAGUCAAGUAAAUCCGUUUUAUACAUGCAGCUGCCCAACCUAUUUCACUGGAACUAACUGUGAGAUCAACACAAGUAAGUGAGAAGUUAGUUUUUACUACUAGCGCGCUUUUGAAGAAGAUGUUUUAGGGACACGUAGAAUAAAUUCUCUGAUUUUCAUCAUCGCCCAACGGCCCAACUAUAUCACUGGAAAGUUUUUCAAAAUCCUUACUAUGGCAAUAAUAAGGAUCUUGGUUGAAAAUAAUGUGGGAAUCCAAUUUUCAUAGUAAUUGCAAUUUCCAUUCUAUGGAUAUAGUAUGGAUUUAAUGAUGCAAUGGAUUUAAUAACUCAAAUUCCAUAGCAUAAAUUUCACCAUUUCUCACAGUGUAUUUUAAAAGCCGCAUGAAUAUUUUUUUUCAUAUUGUUAUAGUCCAUUUUCCAAUAUUUUAUUAAUUCGGUUUUUUUUAAACGAAACGCUAUUUUCCACUACGCGGAAUUUUCAGUGCGGAGUGGAAAUUCUCCGUGUCUUGUGAUUUCUCGGGUAGAAAAGACAAAGAGAAAUUCGGUCCGCGCGGAAAAAUUCCGCCUGUAGAAAACGGCAUUAAACUGCCAACUUUAACUGACAAACAAAACAAACUCGAAAUAAGUUCUUUGCAUGUUUGCACGGCGAAAAAUAUAAUAGUUUUGUUUGUGGAAACACCACGUAAAUUUAUUACUGCAAAGCUUUGGAUCCGUAAGCCCAUAUUAAGGCCGUUUUCCACUAGGCGAAUUUGUUCGCGCGACGCGAAGCGAAAACCGAAAUCCGGCAACGUGAUUGGUCGGCGAAAAAAUUCGCGGCGAAAAAGUAGGAUCGCUUCCUACUUUUUAUCUGUUCGCGCGAAAAAAUUCGCCUAGUGGAAAACGGCCUUUAAGCCCGUUCUCCACUACGCGAAUUUGCUCGCGCGACGCGAAGCGAAAACCGAAAUCCGGCAACGUGAUUGGUCGGCGAAAAAAUUCGCGGCGAAAAAGUAGGAUCGCUUCCUACUUUUUAUCUGUUCGCGCGAAUAAAUUCGCCUAGUGGAGAACGGGCUUUAGACAGCUUAAGAUCUACGACGUCGACGUCAGCUAGGACGUCAGGGCUAUGCAGAGGACUGGGACUAGGAUGUCGUCCUAAUGUAGUCCCAGUUCUCUGCUUAGCCCUGACGUCUUAGCUGGCGUCGACGUCGUAGAUCUUAAGCUGUCUAUUAUUAGCACUGAUGAAGAUCCGGGCUUACGGAUCGAAAGCUUUGCACUAAUAAAUUUACGUGGUGUUUCCACAAACAAAACUAUUAUUAAAACAAACUCGAACUAGAAAUUUCAUUGCAUUUUUGUUCGUGCAGAUGACAAAAAUGUGUAAUGAAAUAUGUUUAUUUCGAUUUGUAAGAGUCUCACUUCAGACACCACAAUGAAUUACUAUACUGAUAAAUUAUUGUUUAUUUAUUGAGGAAUUUAUUUUAUGUGGCCUAAGCAUAUAACCAUGUCAGUAACAGUCUCAACUGUUUUGUAGCUCCUCGUCAAAUGUAACAUUAAUUAAUUAUGUAUCAUUAUUACAUUCAUGUUGAUUAUGUUAUUUGUCUCUCAAUCUACAGGAUGCUACAACAGCCCGUGUUAUAACGGAGGACAUUGUUAUACCAAGUCUGCCUAUCCAUAUUUUGAUUGCUCGUGUCCAGGGCCGUUCAGUGGUUCUACAUGCGCUAUAAAUACAAGUACGUUAUAGUUUUAUAUUUCUUAAUUUAUACAUGCAGUCAGAACAUGUGAGAAUAUAUUACGAAUUUGAACCUGGGACAUAAAUUACAAAACCAAUAGAAAUUCCGCAAACAAUUUUAUUUCUAAUUUCAGUGUAUUUUAUUCAAAUACCAAUAAUUCAGGUCAUAAGCAUGUGGAAAUAAGCUGACUUCGCGCACACUAGCCAACACCGUGGUCUUUCGAGCCGGAUUUAAACUAGAAAAGCAAUUGCAACCCUGCCAUGCAGCAAUUACGAUAAAGAAUGAUUUCACACAAUAUUACUACGCGAUACAGUUGAUUCUUCGAAUCGGAUUUUGAAAAAGAAAGAUUACUCUAGCGCCCAAUUUAAUUCGCCAGGCCCGCCUUUCAGGUGUUCCAUGAAGAGCUAACCGUCUGUCAUGCAAGCCAACUCAGGCGUGUCAUUGCAUAAUAAUUAAGCGCAAAACGUUCCUAAAUCCGGCUCAACUGAAAAACACUGUGCUGUCCCAAAUUCAUACAAAGUGUUGUGUUCUCUUCCUCAAAAUUGGACUUGCGGUUCGAUUGUAUUGCUUGAACAUGCCUGAAGUCGGUGCUGUACCUUCAGCGCUAGCAAUAAUCCUGUACAAUUCGUACACGUAUCAAAAGCAAAAUAAAUUUAAUUUAGAUGGAUUUAAAUUUAGACUCGUUUCAGACAAUCCUGGACAAAACAUCCGCGACACUUCUAAUUAUUUGAUAAAAUUUUCUCACAAGUUUAGGAAAACCUCCCCUUUCCUCACAAGUUUAGAAAAACCUCCCCCUUACCCUCACCAUUCAUUGUCGAUUACAUUCCCAGAAUACGGAUAAAGCAACUGUAAUACGUCCAACAUUGUAUUUUUGUUGGAGGGGGGAUGCAGAAUGCACCGCCUUUCUCACUUUCAGUAACAAAUGAUGAAAUGACUAUGUCUUCGUUUACUACAAUUACUAGCGAUUGACCAGUUAGCGAUUGACCAGCAAAUGACUUUCAAACAAGACAUAUACAACAAACGUCAGCAAAUAAACUUUACUCUUUUCUGUUAUGUCUUGUUUGAAAGUGAUCUGCCAGGCCUUUGUAUUUGUCUUUAAACAAAUCAUAAUUAUCUUUCAUUCCAGGAUGUAACGCCAACCCCUGUCAACAUGGGGGUACGUGCUAUACUCAAAAUCACCAUCCAUAUUUCAUAUGUGCAUGUCCAACUGGUCGCUGGGGAGAUGUCUGUGAAAAAAGUAGGACAUUUGUUGUAUGUUUGCAGUUUCAUUUGAAUAGGUUAGAUUAAGUCCAGACGCAGUGCUGUAAGUAAAUGUAGCAGAAAUUAUUUCGACAAAGUACAGUGCCAACAUUAGUUAAAGGGUAUGAGCAACAAAACAUUUUAUUGCUUCAUCUGAAAGAGCAUGAAAAAAAAGCCAAUUGGCCGUUUAAUGCUCUAUUCUAUCACAUCCGGUUCCGAAGUUAUACGCAAAAAUGUGCAAAAUAUAAAUUGCUGAUUCAGCACAACGUGUGACCUCAUUAGUUGGGUAAGUAUGUUUAUUGAAUAGUAAACUAAAGCAUAGCUAAGUUAUUAUUGGCUCAAAUCAAAUGAAAUUUUGCAUACAUAUAGUACAUGACGAGACGCAUGGGAAUAUACUGCUAAUUUUGUUGUCAAGGCAACACAAUCGUUCACAGGCCCCUUACACUGAUUUUGAAUAACUAGUUGCAUUUAUCUAUGUGUAUGUCAUUUUCGAAUUAUUAUCAUGCAAGUAAACGUUUGGCAUACAUAGGUAUGUACACAUACUUCUGAUAUUAUUUUAUUCUUAUAAGUAUCAUGAAUAAAGCUGUUUUAUAAAAUUGGCGCAAGGGGACUGGGAACGACAUUGUUACCUAGGCAACAAAAUUAGAAGUAUUUUUCAAUGCAUCCCAUCAUGUACAAUGAGUAUGCAAAAUUUCAUUUGAUUUGGGCCCAUAAUAACUGAGCUAUGCUUCAAUUUAGUAUUCAUUAAACAUACUUACCCAACUAAUGACGUCACACGUUGUGCUGAACCAGCAACUUAUAUUUUGCACAUUUUUGCGUAUUUCGGAACUAGAUGUCGGCUUAUUUUUUUCAUGCUCUUUCAAAUGAAACAAUAAAAUUUUUUGUUGCUCAUACCCGUUAAGUUUAACAGAACUGAAAUGUUUUGAAACUAGUUAAACCUGGCUGAAAAUGAUAACGCGUUACUUUUCUAAAAUGAAAUUGAAUUAAGAACAAAAAAUCGUGAAAAACUUCGUAACUAUUUACGCUUUUUUGUGUAACUUUUACUGGUAUGCAGUUCCUUUUUUGAGAAUAAAACUGUUACCGUAACUAGUCCCAAAAAUAAAUUAAGUCACUUUUACAGCCAUGUUUAGAUGUGAAUGUGCAUUUGGUUAUCAAGGAUAAGUUUGUAAUAAACAUGAGUGCGAGACUAUGUUGUUUGUUUUACAUUGAAAACUUUUUUUCUUUAGAUUUAUUGGCGUGGUGAAGAGCUAAAGAGACUAAAAUCAGGACAACUUGCUUACUUGCACAUUUUGUUAAUUUUGGUUUGUUUAAAUUUGUGAACCGUUUAUAAAAGUUAUAUUUUUCACUGCACAUUCACCUAGAGCAGGUGCCGCAGUUUCGAAGACGAACUUAACUCUGUGAAUUCCAGGAGAGAGGCAAAGCAAGGAUCGUAGCCUACGUCAUUCUAUGAGUUCGAGUCUAUCACGUGAGGUGCCUGGUGUCGAGACUGUCAGAGCAGUAUUACCCAAAACAAAAUUUAAUUAGAUUGCGCAUCCGAUUAAGAUUGUUACGCGCGCAUGCAAUGUAAACACGUGCACGGUGCACUUGAAUACAAAUAUUAAAUCAAAUAAAAACC